GCUACCUACGCUGACUGUGACAGCUCUAAAGUUGCGUUGCGAAGAAAUUAAUUCUCUCAAAUUUUUCUCUUCUAGUAUAUUUUUCGUGAUAAAAAGUGUUAAUAAUUAGCACCCAAAUAUAUUAGCUUCAAUGUGAAUACUGUAAUCUUUCGUUUUUUUAUUAUUUUUGACGGUUGAGGUUAGAUACAAAUCAUUACAGGUUAUAAGGUUACGACUACUAUUAAAUUUGCCGUAAAAUUCAAGAAUGGCCGAGUACUUGGCGGCUAUAUUCGGCACAGAAAAAGACAAAGUAAACUGUUCCUUCUAUUUUAAAAUUGGAGCAUGUCGUCACGGGGACCGAUGCUCUCGUAUUCACAAUAAGCCCACAUUUUCACAGACUGUGUUACUACAAAAUCUUUAUGUGAAUCCACAAAAUUCUGCAAAGUCUGCUGAUGGCAGCCACUUGGUUGUAGCCAAUGUGUCCGAUGAGGAGAUGCAAGAGCAUUAUGACAACUUCUUUGAGGAUGUUUUCGUUGAGAGUGAAGAUAAAUAUGGAGAGAUAGAAGAAAUGAAUGUUUGUGAUAAUCUCGGGGAUCAUUUAGUGGGCAACGUGUACAUUAAGUUCCGUCGCGAGGAAGACGCAGAGAAGGCGGUGAACGACCUGAACAACCGCUGGUUCGGCGGACGGCCCGUGUACGCGGAGCUGUCGCCCGUCACCGACUUCCGGGAGGCGUGCUGUCGUCAGUACGAGAUGGGCGAGUGCACCCGCAGCGGCUUCUGCAACUUCAUGCAUCUCAAGCCUAUAUCCAGGGAGCUGCGGAGAUACCUGUACUCGCGCCGCAGCAAGGGCGGACGACGGUCGCGGUCGCGGUCGCGCGACAAGCGGCGCCGCUCGCGGUCGCGCGAGCGCGAGCGCGAGCGGCGCCGCGCGCCCGCCGACGCGCCGCGCAACUCGCGCUCCGGCCGCUACUAGCGCCUCUCCAUCUCUCCAUCUCUCCACACACACACUCGAAACGAUUCCUCCGCGCCUUAUCUUCUCUUCGGUCUAUCUACAGUUUCACUUGAAAUCCGGCUGAUUUCAAUUGAAACUGUAUGUUUUAUGCUUUUAGGCGCAAUUGAUCCAAUCAGCCUAAUUCACGAUUGGUCCAAUUCGCGGUUGGUCCAAUUCGCGAUUGGUCCAAUAUAAACUAUUUCCAAAAUUAAAUAAAAUUACACAUGUUUCUUUAAAUAUAUAUUUAUUCAUAAUUACAUUACCAAUCAUACAUGUGUUACAAGCUUCUACUUAUAAAUAUUAGUUUGUUAUUGUGUACUUUCGUCAAAAAAAUCAACCAAAUGAAGUAAAAAAUAAAGCAUACUAUAAUCGUACCUAUUUGACAUUAUGAUGAUUUUAUCAUACCCCGUAAAGGAUAAAGACGUGAUUAGUAUGUAUAUGUAUGUAAAUUAUACAAUUUCGGAAACAUCGUAUAUUUUGGACCAACUGUGAAUUGGACCAACCGUGAAUUGGACCAACCGCGAAUUGGACAUUUUUUGGAACUUUGGACCAAUCGCGCCUAAAGGUUUUUGGCUUACGCGUGACACGCGUUGUGUACGCUGACUUGUCCGCUUCAUAUAGUCAUAUUCAAAAAACCAUAAGUGUCAGGCCUGUGCUCAUUGUUAAAAAAAUAAAGGACAAGUAUUGAAUGACAUGGAUAUUUAACAAGGACCACAAUUGACAGCAACAAAAUUUUAAUUUAUUGUUCGAUUUAAUUGAGAAUGAUAAAAAAAAUCUUCCAAAAGUCCUAGUAUCUGCCCAAAAGUCGGGCGUAAACUGAACUAGUAAAUGUUGCGCCAGACUGUUUCGAAAAAAAUUGGAAAAUACAGAGUGUAAACCCAUCUCUGCUGCAGGGCCUGCGACAUAUCAGACAGGAAAAAAAUCAACUUGUCUAUAAUACUUCUAUUGCUUUUUAGUUGUAAAUUGGGUGACAUUCACUGAAGGUCCCAUAGAGUUAUUAAGAACAUUUUUUUUGUCAAAUUUUCCUAACUUCAAAGACGAAUCGAAACUUUAUUAUAACCACAUCAAAUUUCCCUUUCACUUUGUUCAAUACAUAAUUUUAUUAUAAAGUUACGAAUCGUGUUCGAAUCGUUUCGAAUCGUGGUCGUCGUGCGGUAUCUUGUAUUUUACGCGAAUUCUACAAUAGCGCAUACCUGAUUUAAAAUUAGGUCUUGAGUAUACGACAAUUUAUUUUUUUGUUAUCAAUUAUGUAAAGGCGGUUUUACCAAUUUUGAAUUAAGAAAGAAAACAAAACAAACAAGUUUAAAGUGACAAAAAUAAAUUUGUCCGUUUUUAAGGAAAUUAUAUAAAAAGAAAAUAAGUCGCAAAAUGGUUAAUUUCUUUUUUAUAUAACGAAGUAGAGUUAUUACUUACAUUAUUUUAGGUUGCGAAUUGUAUUAGGAAUUAAAAAUCUCGAUAAUUUUUAUUGAUACAAUUUGUAAUUUGAGUGAGGGCUGUAUUUUCCAUUCGUAAUACGCAUGCAAAAUUCAGCCGUCAAAAUGGAAGGGCAAAUUGUAGAACUAUAUCUCGCUUGUACUUGUGCCAUCUAUACUUUGUAACUACACAUUUAUUGAAAUUAAUAUUUUUGAGUUUGAGAACUGAAAUGCUUUUAUUGGGAGCAAAAAUGCUUUCAAAGAAAGCGACAUAAACAAAAAUGAACCUAGAGACUGCGCCACAAAAGACGUGCCUCGCAGUCACUGACAACAACGACGUGGCCGAUAUUGAUAGUGCUACAUACUGCCGCGGGACUAUCGUGGCGCAGUUUCUAAUUCAGUUAGAUUUGAAUCACAAACGUUGAAAUUUGAUUAAUUAUCAUAGCAUAGUUUGCUUUAUGAUUCCUUGUUGGUAAGACCGUCCUCCAUUAUAGUUUUGCUACUGAGGAAGUAUUAUGUAAUCUAUGGUUUUACGAAUAAAAUAAAAUAGGCUAUUUUAAACCAAAAUAUAAUAAUAAAUUAUCGUAUGUCACUCUAAUGGACAAAUUUUGCUAAUUACGUGAUUAAUAUUUUGUAAUUUCUCAUUAGAGAAUAUUCGGAAUGCUUUUUUAUUCUAAAUUAGUGACGUCACUAUUAAAUCACUGCCGUUCUGAUUAAAUUAAUGUGUUUGACAUUAGAAAAAGUUUUUUAUUUGACUUGUCUAUUGUAAAAGUUGCGCUAUUGUAGUAUGUAAUUUCAUUUAAUUACAUAUAGUUAUAAGAUUUGUAAGAUUAAUGAUAAUAUACGGAAGUAUAACGA